GGGGGGGUCGAAAAGUGGCCAGUCUUGAUUGAUUGAUUGAGCUGGACUGGAUUCGCUGCGAUAGGCCGCUUGCUUGGAUGGCCCGUUCUUGAUGGUUGCCAGCGUGUAGCCGACAUGCUCGUCCAUCAUGUUUGCCAUAUAUAAAACAAAAUGUCUUCUUGCUAGCACGAUCAGAUCUUGUCCUGAGAAUUGAUGUUAGGGUUUUGCCAGGCAAGGGGAACAUGAGUAUAGCGACAGAAGGGCAUGGACAGUGCCGAUAUGCGCAAGUCUUUCGACGGUUUGCUGCGGAAGGCGGGUGCUUUCUAUUCUGCAGUUCAUUCUGACUUGUCUGACGAGUGAGGGAGCAACGACGAGGAGGGAGUAUCUCACGGAGGAAGCUGUUGGCUGGUAUAGCAGUGGGAGGGGCAGGGGAAAGGAGGUGCAUAGUAAACGGACAGGUGAGGGAAGACAGUGGAAGCAAGGUCGAGGGAAAAGAAGGGACUGGGAAGACGAAAGGGGGGAUGGUGGAGGGGUGAAGUGGUGCCAGGGAAGGAGGGAAGAGAAGGGGUAGAGAGGGGCGAGACAGAGGACAGUGCUCAGAGGGCAGAAGCAAGUGAAAAGGUCAAGAAAUGUGGUUGGGAGCGGCGCUAAGAGCAGGGAGGAGAAGAGGUUAGACACGGGAGAACGAUAUCGCUGUGUAUGAUCGUCCGGUGAGGUCAGGUAAUAUCGUGGAAGAGCUAUACAACGACACGUGGAAGAUCGAGUACAUCAACACGUGGACGGUCGUUACAUCAACACACAUAUCUAUUUGUCGUGGCAGAGCGGGGCGUGGCCGCGUUUUCCGUCGGAUGAUCGCCGGCUCGAGUCCGGAGGAAAAGGAAGAAGCAAGGCAGAGGGCAGAGUGAUUCGUCAGCCGGGGUCUUUUUCUAUCGCUUGUCUUUGGAUUCGCGCAGUCGUUCCCCCUGUUACUCAUCCUUCGCCUCGCCCAUCUCGGUGUAUUUUUGGAAAGAUCUGAUAGUUUUGCCUCUUCGGCGCGUCCAGCCGAGGGAGAGCUGGGUUGUUCUCGCUUUCGAGCCAAGCAGUCAGCUUCGCUUUGUUCACAAAAAUGUCGGGCGGGUUCUUCAGGGGAACGACCGCCGACCAAGACACGCGGUUCUCCAACAAGACGCGCAAGUUGCUGAAGGCGCAGAAGUUUCCCGCGGAACUCGAUGAGCCUGUUGAUGUAUCGAAGGUGAACAUGGAUGUCAUCAAGCCCUGGAUAGCGAAGCGUGUGAAGGAUUUCCUUGGAUUUGAGGAUGAUGUAUUAAUAAACUUCAUCUACACACUUUUGGAGAAAAAGCAAGGCGUAGAUGGCAAAAUUUUGCAGAUUGAUGGCAAGAUGAUACAGAUUCAGCUCACUGGAUUUCUGGAAAAGAAUACUGGGAAGUUCAUGAAAGAAUUGUGGAGCCUACUGAUUAGUGCGCAGAAGAAUGUCAGUGGCAUUCCGCAACAAUUUUUGGACGAGAAAGCAGAAGAAACACGGCAGAAGAAGGCGGAGGAGGAGUGGAUCAGAGCAGAAAUCAUGCGAAAGCGAGAGGAGGCAGAUAAAGAAGCUGAAGCUGAGCACCAAAGAAAAAUCGCAGGCCGGCCUCUGUGUGAUCAAAAUUUGCUAAUGGUUUUUGCCAAGCUUCCUACGGUUGAAAGUGCAAAAUUGGCGGCAGCGGCAGCGGCCCUGAAGGCUGGUCUGGCGAAACCUGGACCCUUGCAUGCUGGAGUUGUUGCCAAUGUGGAGGAGCCUGCCUCUGUGAGGGAGGAGCCUGCUGCUGAAGAGGAGUCUGAGAAGAGUGGAAGAACUUCCUCGAGCGGUGAUACGAGCGAUGAAAAGAAAGGUGGUCAGAAUGGUGGGAAAAGGAGCGGGACGACCAGGAAGUCUGAAUCCAAGUCAAGCGAGCAAAGGUCCAGGUCUUCAUCGCCGGCAAGUGAUGACAGGAGCUCCAGAAGUGUGUCUCGUUCACAGUCACCCAGCUCUUCACCUCGGAAGUACAUCUCUCCACCUCGGCGGCGAAGAGCGUGGUCCCCUCCUCGGCGGCGGCGAUCACCAUACUUCUCGCGCUCACCACCCCGUCGAAGACGAUAUGAAGAUGCAGACCGCUCUCCACCUCGGCGUAGGCGUUCACCAUACAGAUCUCCUCUGCGUUGGCGUCGGUAUCCUCCAAGAUCUCCGCCUAGACGUUAUCGGUCACCUGCAUUCUCUGAGUCACCUCCACGGCGUGCUCGUCCUCCCAGGUCCCCUCCACGGAUGCGAUACUCACCUGCUCGUCGCCCGCGUUCUCCUUACCACUCGCCUUACCAUUCUCCUUACCACUGUCCUCCGUCACCGUCAGUCUCCCCGUCACCGCCACCCAGAAGACAGCCAGUGUAUCACUCUCCUGGCCCAUCUUUAUCGCCUCGACACACAUCAUCAUCUGCUUUAUCCCAAUCUCCUGUUCCGAGAAAAGGGUUGUCACCUAGCCGGUCACCUUCCCCUGCUCCGGUUCGACGCAACCGUGCCAAUCCUCUGCCGCUGUUGCCACCAGUGGAGCGGAGAGUGCGAAGGAGCCCAGUUCGUUCUCCUUCACCAAGUUAUCAUUCUGAGGAGGAGUCAGGAUCCCCGCUUCCCUUGCAGCAUGAGGGAUCAUUGAGCCCAUCACAGUCUCCAUCACCCAUGAGGAGCACAAGCAGAAGUCCGAGUUGGAACAGAGGACAGGGUGCUGCUAGAAAUGGCAGUGGCCCUAACUAUGGACCAAAUUUACGACGGGAGCAUCCAUGGUCAGAAAGGGAGAAGAAACGCUAUCAAAGUUCAUGGAAUGAACACAAUGACCGGGCCGAGUGGGUUGAUCGGGGUGAUCCCGCUGAGCGAGGCGAGCGAGGUGAGCGGGGUGUGAGGCUUGAUAGGACUGAGCGAAGUGAUAGGGAACCCCGAGAGUUCAAACAGAGGGAGGUUUCGGAACUUCGGCGAGCUGUUGGUGAGAAGCGCAGUUUUGCAGAUAUGGAAGGGAGUACAGAAAGGAGAACUGAGCGGUAUGAUCGCGAGAGUCCAAUUCAAACAAGGCCUGUGCGUUAUGAGCGCGAGAGUCCAGUGCGUAACAAACAUGAGCGAGAAAGAGCACCAUCUCCUUGGUAUGAUGAGCAGGAAAGCUCCCCUGUUGGCAAGCACAGGCAAGCUGGCAGAUCUGUACAAGAAAAGCCACCCAGGGCCAGGAUCGACAGUGGAAAGCCCCAUACUGGUCGCAGUGAGAGGUCUGGCGGAAUUAGAGGUGGGGACAAAGGCGAGGGAGAAGACGUGAAUGAGCGGUCACAUAAGAGGGAAAAAGUGAGGAGAAUUGAGGCAGGUGUUGUAGGUUCGAAGCGUGCCAAAGAGACUGAGUCAGACCCAGAGUACGAGGGUGAUGGUUAUGAAGAUAGGGGGCAACAUUUUGACUAUGUUGAGCCCCCACCUCUGGAGGAAUGCGGCCCUCAACCAGAAGAAAGCGAUGCAGAAAUAGAGGAAGAGCGGGUAAAGCGGAUUGAGAAGUGGAGAGGGAUCAAGCAGGCAAAGGAUGCUCAAGAAGAUCCGGAGCGCUAUAGCUCCCCUCUGACAAGUGAAGAAAGACGCGCUGCAAAGCAACGGAAGAAGGAAGAAAAACGAGCUAGGAAAGCAGCAAGGAGAGCCAGGAGGGAAGAGAGGCAUAAACGGAAAGCUUUAGCAGCAGAAGCAACCGCAGCCAUGACCAGACAUAUGAAAGAAGAGUCUGAGGCUGUUUCCUUGGAAAGAAACCAUGGGAGUGACCAGGAUGGCGAUGAUGGGUAUGUAAGCUCUGAGGGGGAAAAGGAAACUGAAGAGAGGAGAAAGCGGUAUGAAGAGAUGUUGCGGAGCAAAGCGCUAGAGUCCCUGAGGGCCGCAAAGGCUGGACAUUGAUGUCACUGAGUGCUGAUCAGGGGCUUCACAGUACCUCUCUUUCGGAGAGGCUUGCAAGAGUCAGUCAAGUAAUCAGAGGGAAAAACAGGGAUGAGGGAAGAGUGUGAGUGUGAGUGUGAGUGUGAGUGUGUGUGUGGGUGUGUUUGUGUGUGUGUGUGUGUGUGUGUGUGUGUGUGUGUGUGUGUGUGUUUGUGUGUGUGUGUGUGUGUGUGUACUCUGACGUUUGAGCGCGGUAGUCUGUACAAUUUUAGCAACAAUCUGGUCUGGCAGCUGCCGCUCCUCUAAGCUCGUCUUUAUUCCUGCUUGCAAAUUCCCCUCU